AUGCGGUCAGGUGACCGGAAGCGGCGACAGCGCGGGGCGCUGAGGAGUGGAGAUGGAGCGCUACGACAAAGCGGCGCUGAACGCGGCCUUCGCGCCCGAGUUUCGGCAGUAAGGCCCGGAACCGGACGGGACGCUGGCGGGGUGGUGGGAGCUGGCGACUGGGAUUCUGAACCGGGAGGGAGGCGUUCCCCGUGUCGGUGCCCCUGGGUUGGGGCGGCCGCCUCCGGGAGCGGCGUGUGGGAGGCCUCGGGCUCAGCGGGGCCGUGCUGUGUGCCCCUGGCAGGCCCUGGGACUCGGAUAGGGGGGCGGGUGUGCGGCGAGGAGCUCCGUGGCAACAUCUUUGUCGUCAGCUUGUCUGUCGCAGACUUGGUAGUGGCGGUGUAUCCGUAUCCUCUAAUCUUGAGUGCCAUUUUCCAUAAUGGAUGGACUAUGGGAAACGUUCACUGCCAGAUCAGUGGGUUCCUGAUGGGCUUAAGCGUCAUUGGGUCGAUUUUCAACAUCACUGCAAUUGCAAUCAACCGCUACUGCUACAUCUGCCACAGCCUUCGCUAUGAUAAGCUCUUCAACCUGAAGAACACCUGCUGCUAUAUCUGUCUGACCUGGACGCUCACGGUGGUGGCCAUUGUGCCAAACUUCUUUGUUGGCUCCUUGCAGUAUGACCCCCGGAUUUACUCUUGCACCUUUGCCCAGACGGUGAGCACAUCGUACACUAUCACAGUGGUGGUCGUCCACUUCAUUGUCCCGCUGUCCAUCGUGACUUUCUGCUACCUUCGGAUCUGGAUUUUGGUGAUUCAAGUCAAACACCGGGUGAGACAAGACUGUAAGCAGAAGCUCAGAGCUGCCGACAUCCGGAAUUUCUUGACUAUGUUUGUGGUUUUUGUCCUUUUUGCUGUGUGCUGGGGACCAUUAAACUUUAUCGGCCUUGCUGUUUCAAUUAAUCCUUCCAAAGUGCAGCCACACAUUCCAGAGUGGCUUUUUGUCCUAAGCUAUUUUAUGGCCUAUUUUAACAGCUGCCUCAAUGCUGUGAUCUAUGGGCUGCUUAACCAGAAUUUCCGAAAGGAGUACAAAAGGAUACUGCUGAUGCUUCGCACUCCCAGGCUGCUCUUCAUCGAUGUGUCCAAGGGUGGGACAGAAGGGCUGAAAAGCAAGCCAUCCCCAGCCGUAACAAACAACAACCAAGCUGAAAUACAUUUCUGAUGUUGCUGGAUCCCAAACAGCCACCUCUUCUCAUGCAAGGAAGGAGCCUGCAACCUUUCAUGCCCAACUUGUCACCGUGACAGCAUGACUUUGAGUAAGGGCUUCCAGAAGAGAAAUGACUGACCUUUACCUUUUAUUUUCCUAUACCAUCUUUCACUGCGUGCCUAAUUAAUUGCUUUGGUUGCUUUUGCCACAAGCAUGCCAGUACCCUUGAAAAGGGAAGCACUCAGAAAGCAUGGAAAAAUGCAUUUAUAUUUGAAAUGCAACUUGCAAAAAUUGCCAUCUAUUACAAACCAGCACUUCCUUCCUCCCUCUGAAUUCUGUUCUGUAGCUUAACAUAAUCUGAACUACAGCAAUCAAACUGCAUGACCUUCUCAGUUAGGUUAGUAACAAUAUUUGCCAGCCGGCAGACAUAUGAGCACGUUGACUUCCAUUGCGUGUGCUCAUUUUCCUUUUUCUUUUGUAUUACAACUUAGUAGCUAGGCUGGGCUAGAUAUGAGGCAAGCAGAAGCCAGACCUCCUGAGUUUCAGAUAUGCUCGUUUUAAUUGAAUCUCUACAGAUACUAAGUACCCUUGCACUCUCCUUCCAGGCCAUGAAUAAGAGUAUAGCACAUGACAUAAUCUAAUUGCAGGAAGAUACCGGGAGCUUGCUUCUAAUUUAGGCAGUAUCCUAUCAUGGCCAGCAUUCAUUCCAAGUAUCUCUCAGAAGUCCCUUCUGCAUUAACAUCAUACAAAAGAUUAACAUAGCGGAGUCCCAUCCAUUCAGUGCAUGUGCAGGCUUUUAAUAAAAGAAGAAAACAAGGUUCCAGUAAUAUUUACACUUGCAGAUGAAAGCAAAAGGGUAAGAAAGUGUUGGUUUCAAACAUCUCCUUUUGCCCACCGUAUGGCAUGAAUUUGAUGGGGAAAAGAAAGUGGGGUGUUUUCUUCCAUUUUAUUUAUGUACAGAGUAGUGAUUAAUUCACAGAAGUUCAGGAGGGAAAACCUGUUAAGCAUGUUCGUGCAUCUGUUUUCAGUUAAAGCCUGAACUCCGUUGUCUUUGUUGCUUUAACAAUGUUCUGAGUGCUAAGGCCAGCAUCACAUUAACAACAGGCACAGGGGCAGAGAUAAGGCUGUUUCUUUAAUGGAGUGUGUGUAGGGAGGCUGGUUGCUGUCUUUAAAUGACUUUGCUUUUCCUUAGCUUCACUGCAUAUUCAUCUCCCUGUGGUUUUAAAUGAGUGAAUCCUGCUUUGAGACAUUAAAUCAAUAUAGCACUGCCCCGAUGCAACUCUGUCCUCAGGCUAGCAGUCCUGUCCUGGUGCUGGUGUACUGCGGCAUAGCAGGAGCUGUGCAAUGGGUGGGAGCAGGUCUGAGCCCCAUGGGUGCAGCAUGGAGAGGGAGAAGCCCUGCUCCUGGCCAAGGAGAGCCUUGUUAAGGCACUGACCGUAGAUCAAAGCAGGACUGGUUCCCAGGGUUGAGCCUUGAAACAUUGAGAGCCAGACUUUGUAGCAGCAGGCAGGUGUCCAGAGAUGGAGGUAGGUAGGAUUUACAGAAGACCCUGGGCAAACCAAGUGCCUAAUCUUUAGCAAACUUAAGCCAUUUGUGCAUCACUUGCUGAAAGCAUCUUGUUGCUGAACAUCCCUCCUGCUGAAUUCUUUGAUGGAAGAGGAGUUUAAAGAAACAAAGCCUCUUUGUAGAUCAGGCCAAGAAACACUGCAGAGUCCAUUGCUUCAGUGAGGUCUGCUGCAGUGUGAGUGGGUGUCCGUGUUUGCAGGGUACCCUGGCACUUUGUAGCAUUUUCAGACUCGAACAUCUUCACAGCUUCAGAUAAUUAUUGUUUUAAAAUGCACUGCAGCCAGCAUCCCAUAAUAGGAAUCAAGCUGAGUUCUGUUUUGGCCUCUUAAUCUGCCUGUGCAUGGCCAAAUAAAGGUAUAUUGACCCUCAGAAAUAAUGCAGUCUGAUUGCUUUACAGCAAAGCCAGUCCGGAUGAAUUCACGCCAUUCUGUGCAAACAAAGUCAUUUCAAGUCAAACUUGGAUAGGAAAAGCACCAGGCGCCCGGAGCUGCAGGGAGUUUCUCCUGGCGCCCAGGGAAAUGUUGGUGUGCUGUGACCAGUCCCCGGCCCAGCCUGCAAUUGGCCAGCAGCGUUAGACAGAAUCACGUUAGCAAAUGAUCUAACUGCUCAGUACCAACCCAAGCCUAAGGCACUCCUUUAAGGCAGUCAUUUACUUUUACUUCACAGGUUUGCCAAGCGUCUCAUAAUCCCCCACAACUGGGGUUUCAUUCUGUGGUUCGUUGUCUUUGUAGCUGAAUGUUCAACGCAGGCCACGUGGUGUUUUUUCUUUAAGCCUGGAUUUGCACUAUUUCUUAUUCAGGCUCCAAGGUAACAGCCAGCAAGCACUGAACCAAACCGAGUAAGCCAAAGAGCUCCCGGCAGGCAGGUGAUGGAUCCUCUGCUGGCGCCUCGUAGGACGAGGAGUAGGAGGAGCACCACGGGCAUCUCCUGGGGACUCACAGGGUUACUGCUGAAGCGAACUAUGCAAAGUGAUGGGGCCUCUGCUUCUCUCCUGCCGUAGGUCUGAGCGCAGGCCUUGCAGGGACAGGCUGGCUGAGGUGGGUCCCUGCUGCCCCCAGCAUGGGGACGGCGCUGCGAUGGGCUGCAGCGCUUUGACAGCACCAGGAGCUCACCCUGGCACAACUCAGUCAGGGCACUAGGCCGUCCCAGCAGGAGGGUUCUGCCACCACGGGUGGUUCCUGAGUGAAGUCCUGCCAGGCGUGGGGGUCCUCAGUGCCCAGCAGACAAAGCAGGGAACGUGGCUUCAAACAGAAAAUACUGUGCCAUUUGCUAGCACUUUGAUACAGAGACAGUACUUAGGAUAGGAUAGAGUAGAUUUUUAUACUGAGUUAUUUUAAGACUGCCCACACAGCUCCUUAUUUUUUAUUUAAAAAAAACGGUUAACAGGGUACAGAGAGUUUAUUUUGUUAACAUUUGUUUACAGAAAAUGGAAGUGUUUCUUAUACUGGAAUCCUGAGCAGAGUCCGUUUCCCUGUGAGAAUCUAGCUUUAAUCAAAUUUGAGCUUUCAAGGAGAUCCCACAACUUAACCUGUGCUCUGCUGUUUCCACCUGUUAUAUACCUGACCUUGAGUUUGAGAAAUAGGGCUGACCUCUCCUAGGAACAGGAUUUACAUCACUUGCUCUGGAUUUGGCGUGGUGGCGUUGAUUAGAGCCUGGCCCCGGGUCCUGAAAUAGUCGUGAACUCCCAGGGAGACAGUAUUGUCAUGAAGGAAGAUGAACCUCCUGCCACAAAGAAAUACUUUGGCAUGUUGGUAACAAAUGUUGUUUAAUCCAUAUAAGAGGAAUGUAACUGGUAUAUUUAUAUAUGAGUAUAUAUUGCAUAUGCUGUUUCCACUUUAUCAGUUGAUUAAGAAAUUUUCAGUAUACUUCCUACUGCAAUCGUUUGUUCAUAAAGUAGAUUUGUUCCCUUUACCUGUUAAAGCUGUAAUAAAUUUCCCUUUGGACUGUUUACUGAUUUUUUUCUCCCCCUUUGCAGUUAUUUUUUAAUAAAUAUUUGAAACAACACCUUGGGUUUUGUUGACU